AUGUCUGGUCUCAAGGUCGGCGAGCAGUUCCCCGAGGGCGUUGCCUUCCAGUACAUCCCCCACCAGGAGGAGACUGCCGACUUCAAGGUCUGCGGUAUCCCCAUCAAGUACGACACCGCCAAGGAGUUCAAGGACAAGAAGGUCGUCAUCGUCUCUAUCCCCGGUGCCUUCACUCCCACCUGCUCCGCCUCCCACCUGCCCGGCUACAUUGAGCACAAGGAUGAGCUCAAGGCCAAGGGCGUCGACCAGGUCAUCUUCCUCGCCUACAACGACCCCUUUGUCAUGUCCGGCUGGGGUAAGGCCAACAACAUCAAGGACGACUUCAUUGUCUUCGCCUCCGACGCCAACGCUGCCUUCUCCACCUCCAUCGGCUGGAACCACGGCGAGCGCACUGCCCGCUACGCCAUCGUCAUUGACCACGGCAAGGUCGUCUACGCCGAGAAGGAGACUGAGCUCCAGGGCCUCGAGGUCUCUGGCGCUGAGCCCGUUCUCAAGGCUCUGUAA